GCGACUGAACGUCUAUUUGAGAGAGCAAACAUCUUGACUAGUGGAUUCUCAGUGUAAUACCUACAGCUGCCUUACAGAGAAAUAAAGCUAAGGGUUUCCCUUAUAUUCAGUUUAGGAAACUUUGGACUGUGAUAUUAACGCUUAGUUGUAUAACAUUUAACCACAAUGGAUAAGAUAUUCGGCUCGUUAAAAGGGUUAUUUAAAAUCCAUGCAGUUGUUAUUGAUAAUAAUGUGUUUCGACUGCAUUACAAAGUCACUGUGGUCAUUCUCUUGGCCUGUAGUUUGCUCGUGACUUCUCGACAGUACAUCGGUGACCCCAUCGACUGCAUCUCGCGAGAUGAUAUUCCAACAAGAGUGUUAGACACCUUCUGUUGGAUCCACACCACCUUCAGUGUAGAGAGUGCUUGGCAUAAGAAGGUUGGCGUGGAAAUCCCGUAUCCAGGGGUGGAUAAGUAUACUCCUGGCGAAGACAGGGUAUAUCAUGCCUACUACCAGUGGGUCUGUUUCGUAUUGUUCUUCCAAGCCCUUAUGUUUUACUUUCCACGUCACUUGUGGAAGGGAUGGGAAAAAGGCCGUAUUCGAUCUCUGAUGCUGGAGUUGAACACUCCCACUUUAACACCUGAGAAAAAGCAAGAACGAAGAGGCAUUUUGGUGGACUAUUUCAUGAAUAACAUCCACAACCACAACUUCUACGUCACUGGGUAUUAUUUCUGUGAAAUUUUGAAUUUUGUAAACGUUGUAGGACAGAUGUAUCUAAUUGACUCAUUCCUAGGUGGUCAUUUCUCUCAUUACGGUUCAAAGGUUAUCCAAUUCACUGAGUGGGACUGGACCCUCCGCUAUGACCCCAUGAUCAGAGUGUUCCCUCGUUUAACCAAGUGUACUUUCCAUAAAUAUGGCUCUUCCGGUGAUGUCCAGCGUCACGACGCCAUGUGUAUUCUGCCAAUCAAUAUCAUCAAUGAGAAAAUCUAUGUUUUAUUGUGGGUGUGGUUUGUGCUUUUGGCUGUAUUGUCCGGACUAGUUCUUGUCUAUCGAGUGUUCAUUGUGUUCUGGCCCCAAUCCCGCCUAUUGAUCUUAAGAUAUCGCGCUCGCCUGACCAAUGCAGAUUAUCUAGAGAUGGUCCUGAACAGAUGCCGUUUAGGCGACUGGUUUCUUUUGGAGCUCCUCUGCAGGAACGUGGACAGUCUAAACUACAGGGAUCUUAUUGCUGAUUUUGCCAGAAGAUUAGAAGGAAAAGGUGUAGAGAGCAUUGUAUAGUAUUAUAAUUCCAGUUAUAUUCAAGCUUCAGCUAACAACAAGAGUUAUUUCUUAUAAUUCCUUUUCAUAUCAUAAAAUUUUUUGUUUACCAUAACUAUAAAUCUUUUAAAUUGUAAUCAAUGCUUGGUACAUGUAUGCGUGUUAACAAAAGGUAGAAGAAAAUGCUAAAACACAUUAGUUUUUAUAUAGAUUUGAUAUGCAAAACAAAGACCUUUAUCAAGUAAAAUAGGAAUGGUAACCUACCGUUAACAAAGUAAAAAUGUGGCAACUGGACUCUUUUUAGAUAUUUGUAUUAUUUAUAUAUCUGGGCUUUUCUAUCUCUUUGUGACAGUUAUAUUAUUGCUCUUUACAAAAGAGUCGGAGUUUGUAUUUCAGAAUAGGAUAACAGUCCUAAUGUGCCCAUGUUUGGAGGACAAGGUAAAACCUGCAAUCUUUAAAUUCCUAAACCCAGUCAUAAUUCCUGUGACUUGAUAGGUGUUGCAGACUCUUUUCAAACGAUUAAUUUUUCUUAAGGCGUUUUAUGUCUUUGCAUAAUAUUAUUUUUGUACACGUGUUUUUUUACAUAUUAUUUUCACUAUUUUAUAUUUAAAAACAUGUAUUUUUACGAAAUGCACUUAGUAAAGUAGAAAAUACGUUAUGUGAUACACAAGUGGCGAAAAGAGCGACCUGGUUUUGUUAUCUGUAUUUAUCGCAAGAAAGCUGAGAUCGUAAAUCAAGCUCAUAUUACUCAGAUCAGGAAAGAUGUAAGAUCACCAAACCAUUCGAAAAUUUAUUUACCCAUAUUGUAAACUUGCUAAGCAGCGUCUAUAAUGAAGAGUGUCAGAAGGUUCUUAACGUUAACAAACACAACGUUAUUUCCAUUAAUUCAUGCCUCUUUUGAAGUAGCCUCAAAAGUUGUUCCAAUGGACUUUAAGCAGCCAUAGUACAAUAGGGCUAAAGAAUUGUUUUUAAUUACAAGUAAAUUGUUGUCAUUUUUUCAAGAUUUUUUUUUUUUACAAUUUUGUCAAAUAUACAUUGAAAGUACGUAAAAAAAUCAGUUUGUUACAUUCCUUUGCCGAGAACCAAAUACGAUGAAUAUAACAUACCUUCUAUUCAUUCAUUCCAGAGACAGAAUGUCCUGCCACAGAGACAUAAAAAAGACCUGAACCAAUUUCCUGAAUUAAAUCUAUAUACAAUUUACAAGGGUGGGAAAUUUAAAUUAAGACUCAGAUAUUUUACUUGUAUUGAUCAUAUUACCUCUAAAAGUAUAUCGCCCAAAAAUCAUUUAACUCGCUUUACAAAAUAGCUUAAUUGUUGGUAUUAUGUAAUUUAAGAAAAUAGAAUUACACUUGUAAGUCGUUGAUGAAAAAAAACUGAUGACUUUCCUAGGCAAUAUCGCUAUGGGCUGGGAGUGGCCUGGUGAAUAGCGUGCCCGGGAUGUGAAUCUAAGAGCAUAUGGUUCGUCGCCUGUUGCCACAAAUACGCGUUCCGUACUUUGGAGCUGUGGGUGUGCUAUAAGAACGACAGUUAAAUCUCACUAUUCGGCCUGACAAGGGUUUCCCAAGAACUGGCAGUAGACUGCCUUGAAUAACUGAUUUUCCUCUAGUCUACGAGUUCAAAAAUAAAGGACGAUUAUUCGCAAAUAGCUUUGCGCGAAAAUCCUAAAACAAACAACCAAGUAAAAUUUCACCUAUAAGUCUAAGUUCGCGAAUGCUAUUCAAACCCUUACUUGACAUCAUAUGGUGAAAAAAAACAAACAGUAUUGAAACAAAAUCAAUAUUUGAAA